AUGGCCCUCAAGCUGCAAGCGGAGCUCGAGGAGACGAAGGCGUACUCGAGAGACUUUCUGAUGCGGGGACGGGCACGUGUCAAGCUGUUCAAUGACAGUGGCGCCCCUAUAAACCCAGCAAUCCCAAACAGGAGACUCCUGUAUGAGAGGGUAGCAGAACUGUGCCCGCGGCAUCCUGGCAGGUCAAAGAAGGCGCAGGCAGCGGCUGCAGCAGCCAAACAGCAGGCGACAGCCACCAGCAGCUCAGCAGCUGGCUCCUCCAGCAAAUCUGGCGGCAAGAGCGGGAAGAAGAAACGGAAAUGA